AUGGAUAGUAGUUCACCUGCAAUGCAAAGUACUAAUACAUCAUCACCCAAUAUCACCAACUUGAGUAGUCGUCCACCAGCCAACACCUCGUCGCCGGCCAACAACAACACCAUAAACCUCAUAGACAACGAUAUCAAUAUGGACGACGACAUCCAAACUACUACCAGUACUACAAGUACUACAAGUACUACCAACAACUCUACGAAUAAUAAUAAUAAUAAUAACGCAAAACAACCGAGUACACCAUCAACACCAACAGUUGUGCCACCUAGACGUGCAGCACCACCUCCACUAGACGAAAACGCAGACGAAACAGACGAUGAUCUAUUGUUGGACGAAUAUCCAUCCGACGAAGACGACGAAAUAUAUCCAGAAGAUGCCAAGUCUCGAAGAGGAGGAGGCCACAACCAGAACCACCAACAACAAACAUCGCCACAGGGUGACAAGGUAGCACGUCAAAUCAAACGUGUACGUAAAUAUGCCGACGAAGAGGAAGAACAGAACCAACAAGCACUCGGCACACCCAACCAACUCGGACAAACUCCACAAACCCCUCAAACUCCAGGUGCCUCUGGAGACAGACCAGCACCAAACGGUCGUGGUCGUCCCAAGAAAUACGUCCCACAAGACGAAGAAGAUGAUCCAAAUGAUCCAAACAAUGAAAAGAAAAAGAAAUCAAAGAAAACUCCUCCCAAUACUUUAGAUAUUCGUCCAUGUUGGUUUGCAGGAUGUACAAAAGCAGAUAGAUCAUUGAAAAUCCUUAGACCUUGUUUAAUUCCAACAUGUAAAACUCAUGCUAUCAAGUCUGAAUCUAGAAUUUAUGAUGCUCUUGGUAAAGGUUUUUGUUUGGAAGAACAAGGACAAAAAGAUACGGUUUGUGGUAUUUGUGGAGAAUCGAAUAAACCAUUGUCUCAUUGUGCCAAUGAUGAAUGUGCAUUUGGGUAUUGUCCACCAUGUACAGAGAUUAUUGUGAGCAAGCAUGGGAACCAGCCAGGACGUCCAGGAUGGAUGUGUUGGGUAUGCAACUUUGUCAAGAUCAGAGGCAAGGAACGUGAGCGUACGAGAUGGGUGAGGGAGGUGUCUCAACCAAACUCUUACACACCAGGUCCCCGUAAACAACGUGUGCCCAAGGCGGCACCAGAGGGCAACACGUCUGGAGGAAACGAAGGUACUCCAUCACUGACUGGCAAGCGUCAGAGAAAGGGUAAGCAGAACAUGGCCGGUAUGGAGGGUGAGUAUGACUUGGCUGCUACAGCUGCACCCGGUGGCAGCGGUACACCCAACAACAACGCUGCUCCAGCACCAGCCAAACGUGGUCGCAAGAGACUGUACAACGCCGACCAGGGACAAGCUGACACUACCUCGGUACCAGCGUCACCAGAGCAAGGCGAGAUCAAGGAGCUCACCGACGGCGCCAUCCGCGACACCAACAAUGGCAACCGUAAUCUCCCACUCGAGCGUGCCAUCUCGCGUGUCUUUGAACACCACGAGUUGUCCAACCGCAUCGAAAAGGAGUGUACGGCCACCCGUAGCAUCCUCGUCAUUGCCAUUGACAAUGCCAUGAAGGCAGUCGAGGAGAUGCAGGCCCGUCUUCGUCUCACGUUUGACGAAGACACCAAAAAGGAGGUCCGUAUCUCACACGAGCUCGUCUCGCUCGAAGAACAACUCUCCAAGACCAUCGUCGACGUCCAACGUCUCAAGAACCAAGAAGACGAGCUUGUCGAGAAGCUCUCGGCCGUUCGUAACCAAUUGGCCACCGUAGACGGCCACCGUGAAGCCCUAUCCAAACGUUGCAGUGACCUUAAAAUCGAAGCCCUCCUAUCUAAAAAUGAAUUGGCUGAAAGUGAAUUAAAUGCAAAGGUUAAAGAAGCUACAUUGGAUAAUGAAAUGAAUGCUCUUCAUUCUUUAAUUGGAUUGAUUGAAGGAGUAUUUUGGGGACACGAAUACUUUUAUUGUACAGAGAUUGGUGAAUGUGAAAAGGCAAUCAGUGAGAAAUUGGCAUCACACAAUGAAAAGAUUACAUUCAAGAAUGAUAUCCCAUUGGCUAGUGCUUUGAAGAGCGGUAUUCAAAUCCAAUCACUCAAGGAGCUUCAACCAAACAACAACAAUGUGUUGGCUACUAAUACUUCUGCCAAUGGAGAUGUUAGUGCUGGUGGGGAGACAGAGGGAUCGGAUGAUGUUGUCAGCUUUGUCAACCCAUUCAAGACGCUUUGUAUCUACCACAACGCGUGUAUGGAGCAUAAUGUGCCCGAUUUCCAUUUGGAGAAACCCGAUCGUAUCCGUGUGGCCGUGUCGACCAUCCAAGAGUUUGUGAAUCGUUACCCUGGCAUCGUCGAGAUAUUCAACACACCACCCGAGAUUGAGCAACGUUAUGUGAUGGCCGUCCACGACGCCCACUACAUCCGCAAGCUCGAGACGUCGUUGCCACCAGAAAACUCGGAUUACGAGACACAUUUGGAGAGCGAUAAUACGGGAGCGGCCGUAGCAGUCACGCAAAAGGAGGGAGAGGACGACGAGAUUUACGAUACGUUCUUGUCGCAUCGUUCGAUGAAGGCGGCACUCAGAGCAGCCGGCGCGGUGUGCUCGGCCGUCGACUCGGUCACCAAGAGAUCUUGUCGGGUGACGACAACUUCCUCUUUAUCUCGAUCCAUGUGUGCGACGAGAAGCGUUAUUUCUACCCGGGCACCGGCAAAGACUACUCUGAGAUGCGCGAGGACGGCUCGUCCGAGGACAACAUCCUCAACGUCGGCUUGA